AUGGGAAGUACAAGAGGUGACACUGAGUACCAACGUCAGGUUCCGACUGAGCUGACAGAAUUAGGGAUGGGUGUGGAUGAGAAGAGGACGCAAUGGCACAACAGAGGGACACGCACGCGAUGGUUGGUGUGUUUGGCGGGGUUCGUACUACAGGUGCCGUUUAUGGGUAUGGUGAUGAGUUUCGGCGAAAUGCUAUUACCGUUGCUUGAUACGUUCGGCGGUGGCACUGUCGGUAUAAGUUGGGUCGGCUCAAUUAGCUUUGGUAUGGCCUACAUGGGAAAUCCGCUAUCCUCGAAACUCACUGACAUGAUCGGCGCUCGCAAAGUAGCAACUUGUGGUGUACUGCUGGGGUCGUUAGGGUUACUACUGACGUCAUUCGUUCAAUCGCUUUGGUUGAUGUUCAUCACAUACAGUAUAAUGUUCGGACUAGCCACCAAUUUCACGUACAGUCCACCGCUGAUAUUAACUGGAUAUUGGUUCCCGGAUAAGUACCACGUGAUGGCUACUGGUUUACAGGUUGCAGGAAUACCAUUUGGUUCGUUGGUCAUGAACCCUAUUUGCCAGACGUUACUACAAGCUACGGGACUCAGGACCACGUACCGUAUCCUGUCAGCACUAGUCCUUAUUCUCGGACUUGCCUGUUGCUUUAUGCUGUCAUCGCCACUACCAACAUCAGAGCGCCACGAGUUCGAAGAAGGAACAGAAUCAGGAGCCGAGAUCCACGACAGAAUGCAUGCUGGGUAUCAUCAUUGGAUAGACGACAUGAUCAAAAGACAACCCGAUGACGACUCUGAGGUUUCGUGCUGCGGUCACCUGACGAGACAUCGUUGUUAUCUGCAAGAAAAUCUGUGGACGGAUACUGUAUUUAUUUUAUUUAUGCUCGGGCAAUUCGUGAAGGGCAUGGGUUACGUAUUCCCUUUUAUUCAUUUGAUCAAUUUUAUGCACAGCAUGGGAAUAGAUCCAGCAUCAGGGGCGUUUAUUUUGACUGCCAAAGGAGCGGCGGACAUGGUUGGCAGGGUAGUUGCUGCUUGUCUCGGCGACAAAUUACCAUUUGAUUUGAUACACGUGUAUGUUGCAGCGUGUGGCGUCAUGGCGCUUACCACGUACGCGUGCACCUUUGUGACGGAUUUAGGCGGAAUGUUUUUUUAUGCUAUAUUCCCUCUAUCAUAUCAUCUGGGUGUAGCUUUUAAACUGACCGGUGAAUGUCGAGACAAUUUUACAGCAUUGGUGUGUCAUGUUUGCCUAAACGUUUAUGAACAAAGCACCUGUGUCUUUAUUGAUUCAUACAAAGUACUUUACGAAAUAAAUUAUUCACACAGAGAAAAGAAAUGA